UCAUCCAAACAGUUGCACUUUUGUCGGAGUCACGAGGUAUUUUUAAUGAAUAUACAUGAGGGAAAAACUGAAAUGUUUUUUUAAACUGUAUUUCCGGCUCGCAGCAUCGGGCAAAGUAGGAAUUACGAGGCGCGGAAAUCCAAGGAUGUUCUGCGCCGACUUGAUUAUUUUUUUCUGUUUAUCGACGGUGAAAUUGUAGCUAAAAUACGACAUGAGCACCUUCAGAGUCGUUAAUUUAUGUGAAAUUCCCCGUGUUUGAGUUCACGGACAUGUUAAAACACUGCGGGGUUGUCGUGUCCUUUACACCAAAGUAGACCGCCAAACAUAACUUUACAUACACAUGCUAUUAUACUUUACAGUUUGUGAAUAUUAUGCCUUUUUGUUUUUUAAUUGGUUGUUUCGGUAGUGAAAUGCUUUAAUUAAUAUUUCUUUAACUUUUCCGUGUUCCGUGUACUUCAUUACCGUCCACCUAGACAAGUAAGCUAUAGUCUGGCUGUGUAAUUGCUGUUACAACAUAACGCUUACGUGUUAUUUAUCUGCCGUAUGGAAAUGGACAUUUUACAUUCUCUUCCUGGUUUCAUCAUCCCUCGUUAGCCUGCCUUGUCUGAUCCAGUUCUAGUUCAGCGAUUUAUGCGAUAAAGCGAACAUCAGUAUGACUGUUGGCCUCUCCUUAUCUAAAUCUCGUUAUUACAUCUCAGCAUGGACUGAACGUUGAUGUCCCGGCAGAUCGGUGUGUUAUCUUACACGUCGACCUUUUUUCACCUUCUCCGGUAACGAAAGUGGAGUAUGGCUCCGUAUGACAUCUGCAGCCUGUUAGAUUGGGCUUACGGAGGUGUCGACCCGAAAUUUGAAGGCAAUGGAGGGCCGGAGUGUGCGGCUUUCCUCACGCCGAAGCAGCGACUACUGGAAAGCUUGGUUAUUAUUUCAAUGUCCGUCGUAGAGAUCGCGUUGGCAUUAAGGAAAAUCAGCUCCUCCAAAGAGCAAAAGGAAGGUGCCAAAGGAGACUGCAAAAGCGAGGAAGCCGGACCAGGGAAUAACCUUUUAUUGGUCGCUCUCUGCUUGACAUUUGGAGUUGAAGUGGGGUUCAAGUUCGCGACCAAAACCGUAAUUUACCUGCUGAAUCCCUGUCACGUUGUCACCAUGAUGCAGAUUUUCCUGUUGUCCUGUCCACCAUGCAAAACAGCCAGAGUCAUUUUCCGGCUUCAGGUCCACAUGCUGAACGGGGCCCUGUUGGCUCUGCUCUUCCCUGUUGUUAACACCAGGCUGCUGCCUUUUGAAAAAGAAGUCUACUAUAUUCAACAUGUCAUGCUGUACUUGGUCACUGUUUACCUUUUCAGAAAGGGAGGGGUAUACAGGCCGGAGCCAUUAGGAGACAUCUGGUGGGCCGUCCUGUCCAUUGGGAUCCUCUUUCUGUAUCAUUUCACCCUCCUGCAGGCACUGGGACUGGUAACAGAGGUCAACCUGAACAACAUGCUCUGCCCAGCCGUGUCGGACCCUUUCUAUGGGCCGUGGUAUCGGGUCUGGGCCACGGGUCACCAGACUUUACUCAUUCCCAUCCACGGCAAGGUGCUGACAGUGAUCAUCUACCACUCAGCCUCUGCCUACAGACAGCUGUUGCAUACAGCAAGAUGGCAUACCAAAAAAGCAGACUGAAGAAAUAUUUCAUGUGAUAGUGUGUGUGUGUGUGUGUGUGUGUGUGUGUGUGUGUGUGUGAAUGGUUUUUAAUUUAUAUAUUUACUAUUCUUCCUAGAUAAGUGAAAGUUUCAUAACCCAGGAAAUUCUGGUGAAUAUAGCUGGCCUUCCCCAUUGGCCAUAUAUUUAAUUCCCAUAUUUCAUUUUUUUAAUGCAUUUUCUCAGGAAUGCCUAAAUUUGUUUGUUGUAAAGUUUAUACUCCUGAAUGGAUCGAAACUGCAUGCAUGUGCCUUAGUGCAUCUGUUAGUAUUCAUGUUGUUAAGAGCCAUUGAAAUAUUUCCAAAAUUUACUUCUAAAUUUUUAAAAUAUACAUUAUAUAUAAAUACUUAGAAUCCUGGAGUUUUAUAUUUAUACAGUUGGUUCAUGGAAAUGUAACUAGUAUUUUCUGUAAUGUUUGCACAUAUAGCUUAAUUGCUACAAAUAAAGUUGGUCAGUUUUGUGGAUAUUAA